GAAGGACAUGCUCUGAAACCAACUCUUAUCAUUUGCCAAUGGCUUGUGUUGCAGACAAGUUAUCAUCAAGAACAUUGGGAAAACCAUGGCGUUGUCGUGUGUCUCAGUGUCUUCUUCCAUUCUUCACUUUCUCCCCACCGCCUCUGAUCCUCCCUACAGCAUUCUCCAAAACCACCCUCAUCUCACUCUCCUCUCCAAUUGCCCCAACAUCGCUACCCUCAAACAAAUCCAUUCCCUCAUCAUCAAAACGGGUCUCCACAAUACCCUCUUCGCUCAGAGCAAACUCAUCGAGUUCUGCGCCCUUUCCCCUUCCCAGGACCUCUCCUACGCCCUCUCUCUCUUCCAUUCCAUCCAACACCCCAACAUCUUCAUCUGCAACACCCUCAUCCGCGCUCACUCCCUCACCCCCGCUCCCACCUCCUCAUUACACCUCUACAACCACAUGUUACACUCUGGUCUCCACCCCAAUUCCCACACCUUCCCCUUUCUCUUUAAGUCCUGUGCCAAAGCCAGAGCCACCCACCUGGGGAAACAGCUCCACGCUCACGUACUCAAGCUCGCCCUCCACUGUCAUCCCCACGUUCAUACUUCCCUCAUUCACAUGUACUCCCAAUUGGGUGAAUUGCAGCAUGCGCGGUUGGUGUUUGAUAAAAGUGCUUUCAGAGAUGCUGUGUCAUUCACCGCUCUUAUUACUGGGUAUGUCUCCGAGGGCCACGUGGACGAUGCCCGACGCCUUUUUGAUGAAAUUCCCGCCAAGGAUGUGGUUUCGUGGAAUGCCAUGAUUGCUGGGUAUGUUCAAGGUGGUCGCUUUGAAGAAGCCUUGGCUUGCUUUAGUAGCAUGCAGGAGGCUGACGUGUCGCCGAAUAAGAGUACAAUGGUGAGUGUUCUUUCUGCUUGUGGGCAUUUGGGAUCGCUGGAGUUGGGAAAAUGGAUUGGCUCUUGGGUUAGAGAACAGGGGCUUGGUUCGAAUAUUCAGCUUGUUAACGCGCUCGUUGAUAUGUAUUGUAAGUGUGGUGAAAUUGAUACGGCUCGUGAGCUGUUUGAUGGGAUAAGGGAAAAAGAUUUGAUUUUGUGGAAUACUAUGAUUGGUGGUUAUUCCAACUUGAGUUUGUACCCGGAGGCCUUAGCUUUGUUUGAUCUCAUGCUCAGAGAGAAAGUGACGCCUAACGAUGUAACGUUCUUGGGCGUUCUUCCGGCUUGUGCUUGCCUAGGUGCUCUUGACCUUGGUAAGUGGGUUCAUGCAUAUGUUGAUAAAAUCUUGAAAGGGACGAAUAAUGUUUCUCUUUGGACUAGUAUCAUUGACAUGUAUGCAAAGUGUGGCUGCGUUGAGGUGGCGGAACAAGUGUUUAGAAGCAAAUGGUCUAGAAGUUUGGCUUCUUGGAAUGCCAUGAUAUCAGGGUUUGCUAUGAAUGGACAUGCAGAGAGGGCUCUUGCACUUUUCGAAGAAAUGAUCAAAGAGGGGUUCCAGCCCGAUGAUAUCACGUUUGUUGGAGUAUUGUCUGCUUGUACACAAGCUGGUUUGGUGGAUGUUGGACAACAAUAUUUUAGUUCAAUGAACCAAGAUUACGGGAUCUCACCAAAAUUGCAACACUAUGGUUGCGUGAUAGAUCUCCUAGCUAGAAGUGGGAAGUUCGAAGAAGCUAAAGUUAUGAUGGGAAAUAUGGAAAUGGAACCGGAUGGAGCUAUUUGGGGUUCCCUGCUUAAUGCUUGUAGGAUUCAUGGACAGGUUGAAUUCGGUGAAUAUGUUGCAGAACAACUCUUUCAAUUAGAGCCAGAAAAUUCUGGGGCAUACGUGCUUUUGUCAAACAUAUAUGCAGGAGCUGGCAGGUGGGACGAUGUUGCAAGGAUAAGAACCAGGUUAAACGACAAAGGAAUGAAGAAAGUUCCCGGAUGCACCUCCAUAGAGAUUGAUGGUGUUGUGCAUGAAUUUCUCGUUGGUGAUAAGUUGCACUCACAGAGUGAAUAUAUUUAUAGAAUGUUGGACGAGGUCGAUAAGCUUUUGGAGGAGUCUGGGUUUGUGCCUGAUACUUCUGAGGUACUCUAUGAUAUGGAUGAGGAAUGGAAAGAAGGGGCUUUGAGUCAACACAGUGAGAAGUUGGCUAUUGCCUUCGGCUUGAUAAGCACAAAACCUGGGACUACAAUUAGGAUCGUCAAGAAUCUUCGUGUUUGUAGAAAUUGCCAUUCGGCUACCAAGCUAAUAUCCAAGAUCUUCAAAAGGGAAAUAAUUGCGAGAGAUAGAAACCGUUUUCACCAUUUCAAAGACGGGUUAUGCUCAUGCAAUGACUGCUGGUGAAACUUCAUCUCUUUUCAAUGAUGCAUACACGUGUGAUGAGUUCGAUGGAUUGGAGGGUGGGUUGAAUUGAAGGAGUUCUUUCUUGCAGUUGCCAAAACGGUCUUGUCAGCA